AGAGAGAGAGAGAGAGAGAGAGAGAGAGAGGGGUUUGCAGGGAUGAGAGAGAAAGCUGUAAUCUAUUGAUGAACUUUGUAUCAGAAAUUCAGAAUCUUGGCAGAAGGUUUUUAUCCUUUUCCCCUCUUCAAAUAAUUAUCCCCUCUCUCUCUCUCUCUUUUCUCUCUCUUCUGUUUCUCACUCUUCAGAAACACAGCAGAAGGGCUGAGGACGAUGUGAUUGAACAUUGCCAGCAACAGCCAUGGCCUGCUCCUAUCUCCCUCAAUAGUCAGUCUCACUCCACAUUUCCCCACAAAACCCUUUGUUUCUCUCUCUAAAACCAUAUUACAGAUUGAUUUUAUAUUCCUCAAUUCUUCUUCUCCAAUCUCCCAUCUUUAAGAAAAACUCCAUUCUCAAAGCUUUCACGCAUUAAUGGAAGAUAUAACUAUGGCUGCCGCUGCUGCUGCUGCUCAUCCAUCAUCAUCAUCAUCAUCAUCUUUGUGAUUGAUUUUCUCUCUCUACUCUCCCAUGGCGACCUCCUGGCGACGAAUCUCAGCCGUUGGAUUUCUGGCAGUGUUUUUGAGCUGCUUAUUAGCUUCUGUAGAUUGCGAUGAAGGUGCAAUUCUUGUCGAGAUAAAGAAAUCUCUCAGAGAUGUCGACAAUGUUCUCUAUGACUGGACAGACUCGCCAUCGUCGGAUUACUGUUCUUGGAGAGGAGUCAAAUGUGAUAACGCCACUUUCAAUGUCGCUGCACUUAAUCUCUCAGGUCUGAAUCUUGACGGCGAAAUUUCACCUGCAAUUGGGCAGCUUAAAGGCCUCGUUUCUAUUGAUUUGAGAGGUAAUCGUCUCUCCGGACAGAUCCCAGAUGAAAUUGGGGACUGUUCUUCCUUAAUCAGCCUGGACUUGUCAUUCAAUGAGAUUUAUGGAGACAUUCCAUAUUCGAUUUCGAAGCUCAAACGUCUCGAAAAUUUGAUCUUGAAGAACAACCAGUUGAUUGGUCCGAUUCCGUCGACACUAUCGCAGAUUCCUAACCUUAAAGUCUUGGAUCUUGCUCAGAACAAGCUGAGUGGCGAAAUACCGCGGCUAAUUUAUUGGAACGAGGUUCUUCAAUACCUGGGAUUGAGAGAGAACAAACUACAAGGAUCGUUGUCGCCGGAUAUGUGUCAGCUGACGGGGUUGUGGUACUUUGACGUUAGGAACAAUAGUUUAAGUGGUUCGAUACCCGAAAACAUCGGAAAUUGCACGGCAUUCCAGGUUCUGGAUCUAUCUUACAAUGAAUUCUCCGGCGAGAUUCCAUUCAACAUCGGAUUUCUUCAAGUUGCUACAUUGUCGUUGCAAGGGAAUCGAUUUACGGGGAAAAUCCCGUCGGUAAUUGGCUUGAUGCAAGCGCUUGCCGUGCUAGAUCUUAGCUGCAACAUGCUGAGCGGAACCAUCCCGGCGAUACUUGGAAAUUUAACUUACACCGAAAAGCUUUAUCUGCAGGGGAAUAUGCUAACCGGAACCAUUCCUGCCGAGCUUGGGAACAUGUCGAAGCUCCAUUAUUUGGAAUUGAACGAAAAUCGCCUCACCGGAAAAAUCCCUCCCGAACUUGGGAAGCUCACGGAUUUAUUCGACUUGAAUGUUGCCAAUAAUAAUUUGGAGGGUCCUAUACCCGACAAUCUCGGCUCGUGUACGAAUUUGAAUAGCCUUAACGUCUACGGAAACAAGCUGCACGGCACCAUUCCGCGAGCAUUACAAAGGCUCGAAAGUAUGACGUAUCUGAACUUAUCCUCUAACCAUCUCACCGGCCCGAUUCCGAUUGAGCUUUCGCGCAUUGGCAAUCUUGACACAUUGGACCUUUCGAAUAACAGAAUCAGUGGCUAUAUGCCGGCUUCUCUCGGCGACUUGGAGCAUCUCCUCAAGCUGAAUUUGAGCAACAACAAUCUGAUCGGAUUCGUGCCUGCAGAGUUCGGUAACUUGAGAAGCGUCAUGGAGAUCGAUCUUUCGAAUAACCAUCUUUCGGGGCAGAUUCCUCGUGAACUCAAUCAGCUUCAAAAUCUCGUGCUACUAAAGCUGGAGAAAAACAAUAUCUCCGGGGAUGUAAUGUCGCUCGCCAGCUGCCUGAGCCUUACUGCGCUGAAUGUGUCGUAUAACAAUCUUGUUGGCUACGUUCCUUCGGGUAACAACUUCUCCCGGUUCUCGCCAGACAGCUUCUUGGGAAAUCCGAGUCUUUGCGGGUACUGGAAUACGUCUUGCGACGCACCUCGUCCAGCCGUACACUUUGCGAUACCGAAAGCAGCUAUAAUGGGAAUCGCCCUCGGCGCGCUCGUGAUUCUUUUAAUGAUAUUAGUUGCAGCUUGCCGGCCGCAAAACCCGAAACCGUUUAUGGACAGUCCACUCGACAAACCAGUCAGCUACUCGGCGCCGAAGCUCGUGAUCCUUCACAUGAACAUGGCGCUCCAUGUUUACGACGACAUUAUGAGGAUGACCGAGAAUCUUAGCGACAAGUACAUAAUCGGGUAUGGAGCGUCGAGCGCGGUUUAUAAAUGCGUUCUCAAGAACUGCAAGCCAGUUGCGAUCAAGAAGCUCUAUUCUCAGUACCCGCAUUGUAUUAAAGAGUUUGAGACUGAGCUCGCCACAGUCGGGAGCAUCAAACAUCGCAAUCUUGUCAGCCUCCAAGCGUACUCCCUUUCGCCGUACGGAAAUCUUUUGUUCUACGACUACAUGGAAAACGGAAGCCUUUGGGAUGUCCUUCACGGAAGCAGCAAGAAGAAAAAGCUCGACUGGGAGACCCGGCUAAAAAUAGCGCUUGGCGCGGCGCAAGGGCUCGCGUAUUUGCACCAUGAUUGCAGCCCCCGGAUAAUCCACCGCGACGUGAAGUCGUCGAACAUCUUACUCGACAAAGACUACGAAGCCCAUCUCACCGACUUCGGGAUCGCCAAGAGCCUAUGCGCGUCGAAAACCCACACGUUGACGUACAUAAUGGGAACCAUCGGAUACAUCGACCCCGAAUACGCGCGCACGUCGCGUCUCACCGAGAAAUCGGACGUCUACAGCUACGGCAUUGUUCUUCUCGAGCUGCUCACCGGAAGGAAAGCCGUCGACAACGAAUGCAACCUUCAUCAUCUGAUAUUGACGAAGGCGGCGAACGGCGCGGUGAUGGACACCGUCGACCCGGAAAUUUCCGAGACGUGCAAAGAUCUCGGGGAAGUGAAGAAGGUCUUCCAGCUUGCGCUGUUGUGCGCGAAACGACAGCCGUCGGAUAGGCCUACGAUGCACGAGGUGGUGCGCGUGCUCCGUACGCUCGUCCCGCCGCCGCCGGAGGCGGUGGUGGCGUUCAGCCACGGAAAUGCAAUUCCGGUGGCGCAGCUGGCGACGAGCGAAGGAGAGUGUUAUAUGGACGAAUAUGCGAAUCUGAAGGCUCCGCAUCACGUGAAUUGCUCGUGCACGAGCACCUCCGACGCCCAGCUCUUCCUCAAAUUCGGAGAGGUCAUUUCACAGAACAGCGUUUGAUGGCAGAAUUCGAAUUUACUCCAUAUAAUAGGACGGCAAGUACCAUCGUUCAGCGGCGGCGCCGCCGGCCGGAAAAUUGAGGAUCUGAGCACCAGACCUGCCACCACCGCUGCGAACACACCGGCAAUGUAGGACAACCGCCAGCAUCAUCCGACUGUUUAGACCAUCUCCAAGGAAAUACUAUUUUCUCCCGAGCUAUAUUCUAUUUUUGCAGUGCUAGG